ACUUGCGCAGGCGGCGGACGCGCCAGUCGAACGUGCAGGACAAUAAGUUCAUUAGUAUUUAUUUGUGUAGUUUUUUUUAUAUAGAGUAAUAAGUCAAGGAUUUUUAAGGGAAAGUCGUGACUUUGUAGAAGAUAUUUAUUGGCAAACAUGAAGGAUCUCAAAAAGACUGCCAUAGUUCUAUUCAUAGCCUUAAUAAGCACCAACGCACACUAUUUCCACUAUGCGGAGUACGUUCAACCGCAACUUCAAGCCAACGACAGUAGGUCUGGGAAGUUCCUGUGGGCGCUACCGAUUCCUAAGAGUCCUUCUAUGAUGGAUAUGAUGACACAAACCAUUGGAGUCCCUGUCACACCAGGAGUUGAUCCGCUUGACUUGUUCCGCGACGAGUAUCCGCUACCCAAGGGUUACAGCCAACCAUUGGACGAAUACGACUACAUCGUCGUUGGCGCCGGUUCGGCCGGCUCGGCGCUGGCGUCCCGCCUGUCCGAAGACAAGCAGAAGCCACGACCCAUGGUGCUGCUGCUGGAAGCUGGCAAGCCGGAGUGUCUGCUGACCGAGGUCCCAAUGCUGGCGGCGCAGUGGCCGAUCUCUGAGUAUGCUUGGCCAUACCAGGCUGAACCGCAGCCGGGAAUCUGCACAGGGAGCGAGAACAACCGCUGCUACUGGCCUCGCGGCAAAGCUGUGGGGGGCACGAGUCUCAUCAACUUCAUGAUAUACACCCGCGGACGGCCGCAGGACUGGGACAGGAUCGCAGCUGACGGGAACUAUGGAUGGUCAUAUAACGACGUGAUGUAUUAUUAUAUGAAGGCUGAGAAGGCAGAUCUGCAAAGGCUGCCUAAACACCCUCCGUAUCACGGUGAAGAGGGCCCGCUUAACGUCGAGAAUAUGUCUUUCAGAACUGGGUUAGUCGAGGCAUUUUUAGAAGCUGGAAGGAAAAUGGGGUACCCAACUGUUGACUACAACGCUCCAGAGGGUUUCGGCUUCGGAUACGUGCAAUCCACUACGCACUAUGGCCAUCGUGUCAGCGCCGCUAAAGCCUAUCUUCAUGACCACAAGCGGAGACGAAACCUGCAUAUUCUUCCUUCGGCGACCGUUACUAAAGUCCUCAUUGAACCUAACACCAAGAGAGCGUACGGCGUUGAAUACGUCAGGAAUGGAAAGAGAUACACAGUAAGGUGUCGCAGAGAGGUGAUCCUAUCAGCCGGCCCAAUCGCGUCGCCUCAACUCCUUAUGCUAUCAGGAGUCGGCCCUAAACAACAUUUAGAGUCCCUUGGGAUACCAGUCAUUCAGGACUUGCCGGUAGGCAGGACGUUGUACGACCACGUAGCUUUCCCAGGUGUUGUAUUUCCGUUGACCAGAAACAAUGCAAGUUUGACGAUUGCGAAAGUUUUGCAAGCCAAAAAUUUAAUACAGUGGCUAACAUAUGGUGACGGGGCACUUUCCAGCAUAGGCUCUAUUGAAGGUAUCGGAUAUAUCAAAACAUCCCAGUCGGAUGAUCUCGAGCAAGUGCCUGACAUUGAACUUAUUUCCAUGGCAGGCUCAAUAGCUUUAGAUGAUGGCCUUUUCCUUAGAAGAGCGUGGAAAAUUAAGGACAAAACUUACAAAGAAGCCUUCUCUCCUUUAAAUGGGCGCGACACUUGGUCAGCCGUUCCAAUGCUGUUGCAGCCGAAAUCUAAAGGCUAUUUAGAGCUUCGUGAUACCAAUCCCUUCUCUCAUCCCAUUAUGCACGGUAAUUACUUAAGUGAUCCCAGGGAUUUAGCGACGUUGAGGGAAGCCGUGAAGACGGUGAUCCAAAUAGGGGAAUCGGAGCCUUUCAGGAAGUACGGUGCACAGUUGCAUCUGGCGUAUUAUUCUCAGUGUAAGAAUGAGGUGGCAGGAUCAGAUGCUUACUGGGAUUGUGCAAUCAGGACGCUGCUGAUAUCUCUCCACCACCAGAUAGGCACGUGUCGGAUGGGGCCGCCGAACGACCUGGAGGCGGUGGUGGACCCGGAGCUGCGCGUGUAUGGGGUGGACGGGUUGCGGGUGGCGGACUCGGGGGUGAUCCCGCGCCCCACGGCCGCGCACUCCAACGCACCCACGAUCAUGAUCGGCGAGAAGGCAGCUGACAUGAUAAAACAGACCUGGUCUAAUGUAGUGCAACAAAAGAAAUAAAGUUAUAAGUU